AUGGCUAGCCCUACAGUUCUCUCGUUCGAUUCUGAGGGCCGCCCGAUUAAGUUUGAUACCUGGCUCGAUGAUCUGCACCUGUUCCUCCAGCUCACUGCUAGAGAGGAUAUCUCGCUGUACGAUCACGCACUAUGCACAGUCCCUGCUCCUGCUACUACUGCUACCGCUACUGCUCGCUCGCAGUGGCAGACUCGCGAUGCCCACGCCCGCUUUGCCAUUCGCAACUCCCUGCCAGUCGAUGAGCGUGAGCACUUCGGCCAGCAUCAGACUGCGCAGGCCCUGUACACUGCUGUAGUUGCGCGCUACUCCUCCCCGGCCUCAGCUGCACUAGGCCGUCUCUCCCUUCCCUACCUGUUCCCCGACCUGUCCGCUUUCCAGACAGUCGCUGACCUCAUCACUCACCUCCGUACUAGUGAUGCCCGCUUCCGUGCAGCCAUGCCCGCUGAGUUUCUUGCCUCCAACCCUCCCCCGCUCUGGCUCACUCUCUACCACCUAGUCACCCGCCUCCCUGACACUCUGCGUACAGUCAGGGACCACUUCCUAGCUCGCUGUCCCACUGAGCUCACCAUUGCCGCCCUCGAGAAGGAACUACUUGCAGCUGAGAAGAGUAUUGUAGCUGUAGGUGCCUCUCGUGGCGACCCCCGCACCCCUUUCUUCGAGGGGUGUUCCCCCUCCCCCCUCCUCCCCUCUGUCGCCUCUGCUGCUGCUGUCGACCUUCUUGGUGCUGAGCAGGUCGGCUCUGCGUCCGCUCCCAGCGGGCGCCGCAGCGGCAAGGGCAGGGGAGGCAAGGGCGGUGGGGGUGACGGCGGGGGAGGUGGUGGUGGGGGUGGUGGCAGCGGCGGGGGCGGUGGCGGGGCUGGAGGGGCUAGUGGCAGCGGUGGGGGUGGUGGAGGCAGCGGCGGCGGCGGUGGCCGCGGUGGGGGCGGUGGUGGUGGCGGCAGUGGACGUGGCGGCGGCAGGGGCGGUGGUGGUCGUGGUGGAGGCGGCGGUGGUGGUCGUGGAGGCUCUGGCACUGGCCAGAGUGCGCAGCACCCUCAGUCCUCCCAGGAGCUUCGUGAGUGGUACUUACAGCACGGGGGUGGGGGGGGUAGCCUUAGCUGCACGUACGUCAUCCGCACUGGUCGCCGCAAGGGACAGACGUGCGGGAGGGCGCACACUUCGCAGCGCUGCUUCUCUCGCCUAGAUGACGCUUGGCGUGCUCAGUUUCCUGACGCUCCUGAGCUCCCUCAGUGGGCUGAUCUCCUCAAGAAGGAUAUCGAUAUCUAUGCUCUUGAUUUUGAUGUUAUUCUCAAAGCAAUGUAUGCAUUGACUAUUAGUGGAGAGGAGGACCAGUACCUGAGUGUUCCGCCUGACCCAGGCAUCCGCACGAGUGAGGCUGCCGCCCUAGGUACUUGCGUGUCUGCUGCCCCAGGUACUGGUGAGGCUACUGCUCUAGGUGCGUGUGUGUCCGCCACCCCAGGUGCUACUGAGUCCACUGAGGCACUGCACACCUUCACUCUAGACUCAGGCGCUUCGCGCUGUUUCUUUCGUGACCGCACUGCUCUUGAGCCCCUUGCUCGACCAGUUGCUGUCUCGCUCGCUGACCCCUCUGGGGGUCCGGUCAUUGCGACCUCCUCCACCCUCCUUCCUUGUCCUGCUGUCCCGUCGGGCACACUGUCAGGUCUCCACCUCCCCUCGUUCUCUACGAACUUGGUGGCGGGCUGUGCGCUUCAGGAUGGGGGUGUUCACCAGUUCACCCCUGCCUACGAGCGUGUGACACACUGCACAUGUGCUCGGACGGGCCGUCACCUGGCUACCUUCACGCGGCAGCCGGGGUCGGACCUGUACACACUGACCACUGAGUCCCCUCAGGUAGCGGCGUCUGCGUCUGCGUCUGCGUCAGGUCAGCUCUCUGCCCCCUGCUCGUGUCGCUCUCUAGCGCACAAGACUGUCCUCUGGCACCACCGACUUGGUCACCCGUCAGUGCAGCGCCUUCGGGGCAUGCACGCCCGGUACCUUGUCUCUGGUCUUCCUCGGGUACUCCCUCCCCUCCCACCCUCCCUUGCUCCUCCUUGUCUUCCCUGUGUCAAGGGGCGGCAGCGCGCUGCCCCUCACUCCUCCUCGUUCCCCCCGACGACUGCUCCUUUGCACACGCUCCACAUGGACGUGUGGGGCCCAGCCCGCGUCCGUGGUCAGGGCCAGGAGAGGUACUUCUUGAUCGUCGUUGACGACUACUCGCGCUACACCACGGUCUUCCCCUUGCGCACCAAGGGUGAAGUCCCUGAUGUCCUGAUCCCUUGGAUCAGCACAUCACGUCUUCAGCUGCGAGAGCGUUUUCGCUCGGAGUUUCCUGUCCUGCACUUGCACUCUAACAGAGGUGGCGAGUUCUCCUCCGACCUCUUGGCAGCCUACUGUGCCGAGCACGGCAUUCGCCAGUCGUUCACGCUUCCGGCCUCUCCACAGCAGAAUGGGGUUGCUGAGCGCCGCAUUGGCUUGGUCAUGGAGGUCGCUCGUACCUCCUUAGUCCACGCGGCUGCCCCCCACUUUCUGUGGCCGUUUGCGGUCCGGUACGCUGCGCAUCAGCUCAACCUCUGGCCCCGUGUCUCCGCUCCGGAGACCUCGCCCACACUGCUGUGGACGGGGGAGGUUGGCGAUGCGUCACGCUUCCGUGUCUGGGGAUCCCGAGCUUUUGUUCGCGACACGUCUGCGGACAAGCUCUCCUCCCGCACUGCUCCCUGUGUCUUUCUUGGCUUUGUCCCGGAUGCGUCUGGCUGGCAGUUUUACCACCCCGCCUCGCACCGAGUCUUCCCCUCUCAGGACGUCACUUUUGACGAGUCCGUGCCCUUCUACCGCCUCUUCCCCUACCGCACUGCCCCGCUCCCUCCCCCGCCUCUCUUCCUCGCGCCAGGUGCUGCAGUGGUAGACCCCCUUCCCCCUCAGGGUGCCGCUCCCUCAGGUGUCUCUCAGGUAGACCCGGUUGAGCCUGCCGAGGUAGCUGUCGACUCGCGUCCUGCUGGAGGUGCUGAGCCUGAGCGUGCGGAGCCUGAGCGUGCGGAGCCUGAGCGUGCGGAGCCUGAGCGUGCGGAGCCUGGGGGUGCUGAGUCUGGGGGUGCUGAUCCUGGGGGUGCUGAGCCUGGGGGUGCUGGAUUUGGGGGUACUGAGCCUGGCGUUGCUGAGUCUAGGGGUACUGCGCCUGGAGCUGCUGAGCCUGGGGGUGCUGAGCCUGGUGGUGUUGCAGUUGACUGUGAGGCGCCUGGAGGACCUCCCUCUUCGCAGCAGCUGCGUGAGUGGUACUCACGGUACUGCAGCCUCCGGCGGGCUUCGAGAGUGGUACGCUCGGCACAUCAGUCUCCGUAG